AUGUCUAGUAGUGGGGCUAGUGGCUCUGAUUCAUGCAAUGUUAGUGGUGAUGCUACAAAUGAAGAGGGUGAUUUCGGUUCUUAUCCUUUGUGGAAAUAUGUUGUUAAAGGGGACAAAAUGAGUGGGGGUGGGGGUAAUUAUACUUGGCAAUGCAACUUUUGCAAACAAAUAAAGAGUGGUUCAUAUACUAGAGUUAAAGCACAUUUGAUGGGUGUUGCAAAAGGUGGAAUUAGUCAAUGUCCUAAUGUAACAAAUGAGGAUAGAAUGCAAAUGAGAAACUUAGAAAGACAAGUUGAGAAAAGAAAAUCUGACAACCCAAUCACCAAAGCUUUUGAUAUACAAGCUCGAAACAACUUGGAUGCUGAGAUAGCAAGGAUGUUUUUUACUGGAGGAUUUCUUUUCAACCUUUGCCGAAACUCUUACUAUGUUAGUUCAUACAACUAUGCUGCCACAAAUAAUAUUCCUGGUUACAAGCCUCCUAGUUACAAUAAAAUGAGAACCACUUUGUUAGAUAGAGAGAAAGAAAAUGUUGAAAAGCUUUUAGAACCAACAAAGGCUACUUGGAGGGAAAAAGGGGUAAGUAUAGUGAGUGAUGGGUGGAGUGAUCCACAAAGGAGACCUUUAAUUAACCUCAUGGUGGCUUGUGAAGUUGGUCCUCUGUUCUUAAAGGCCAUUGAUUGCUCAGGAGAGGUAAAGGAUAAAGACUUUAUUGCUAGUUUGUUGAAUGAUGCCAUUGAAGAAGUUGGAGAUGACAAAUUUGUUGUACAAAUUCUCACUGAUAAUGCAAGCAAUUGCAAGGCCGCUGGAGAACUUAUAGAGGGUAGAUAUCUACAUAUAUUUUGGACACCAUGCAUUGUUCACACUCUUAACCUUGCUCUUAAAAACUUUUGUAAUGCUAAAAAUGUUUCAAACAAUGAGGAGGUUUAUGAUGAGUGUCAUUGGAUAACCGAAGUUCAUGGAGAUGCUUUACUUGUCAAAAACUACAUAAUGAACCAUUCAAUGAGGUUAGCUAUAUUUAAUAAGUUCUCUCCAUUAAAGCUUCUUUCUGUUGGUGAUACUCGCUUCGCUUCAGUAGUUGUCAUGCUAAAGAGGAUGAAACUUCUUAAAACUACUCUUCAAUCCAUGGUUGUUAGUGAGGCUUGGUCCACAUAUCGUGAUGAUCAUCGUGGACAAGCUACACUUGUGAGGGAAAAGAUUCUAAAUGACGAUUGGUGGGACAACGUUGAUUACAUCCUUGAUUUUACUCGUCCCAUUUAUGACAUGAUAAAAGCAUGUGACACCGACAAAGCAUCACUUCAUCUAGUAUAUGAAAAAUGGGAUUCAAUGAUUUCAAAGGUGAAGGAGAUCAUAUAUAACCAUGAGCCUAAGCAAAGGCAUGAGUAUUCUUCUUUCUUUAGUGUGGUCGAAACAAUACGUCUUAGCCGUUGGAAGAAAAGCAACACUCCACUUCAUUGUUUGGCACAUUCUUUGAAUCCAAGGUAUUAUAGUGACACGUGGCUUAAAGAGUUCCCCGGUAGAGUUGCUCCACAUGUUGACAAUGAAAUUUCCACACAAAGAUUCAAUUGCUUUAGAAGAUUGUUUCAAGACUUGGAAGAUAGAAGAAAGGUUAAUAUGGAGUAUGCUAUUUUCUCGGCAAGAGAUGGUGGUGUAUUUACCGAACCGGAAUUCUUGAAUGAUAUGUACUUGAUGGCUCCAAAGCAUUGGUGGGCAACUUAUGGCUCACAAGUUCCGAUGCUUCAAGCAUUAGCAUUCAAGAGAGGUGAGGCUUAUAACAAGGGAAGAACAAGGUUGUGGGAUGUUGGAGGAGAUGACUUUGGAAAUCUAGAAGAUUCUAUUUGUCUUGGCAUGGCGGAUCUUUCUCUUGACAAGCCCGAGUUGGAAACUACUUUUGUAGCAGAGGAUGAUGAUGGAUUAUUCUUGUCAAAACUAGUAAUAUUCUACAUGAAAACGAUCACUUUCGAGAAUUUGUAA